AUGUCGGCCGACGACUCUAUGGAACUCGACUACGGCCUACCACCAACUCAGCCUGCCUUUAUCCAGCUCUCUCACCCUGUCGUCGAUAAACGAACAAGGAUUGGAUGGCUGAACAGCCAGUCGAGCUCCCAGACCGCGCUCGCCAGCCUGUUCGCCGAUGUUGACGGCGAUACACUCGAUGACGCACCUCCACCUAUACUGGAGACACUGCCCGAAUUUCCCGUCGCGUCAACCUCUGCAUCCACCUCUACGCACAGACCCGACCGUCGCCGGCGCCGCGUCCAGCAUCCAGAACCGGAGCCAGCCCAUGCGCCUUCGGCCGUUGUAAAUCUACUCGACCUCUUUGCCCGGAAGUUACCGGAGCAGUCCGCUACCCGGCCACAAAAGGAGAAUCGGUAUGAGCGCGAGAAGCAGCACGCCUCGUCGGCAUCUUCCGCCUUAUCGAGGAGCAAACCUCACUUGCGCGAAGCCAGUGGAAGCAGCGCGGCGUCCAGUGGCCCGCAAACGCCGGAUUCGGACAUCUCCCGGCCCUGGCCGGCGCCACAGCCAGAGGGCGCAACCUCCAACGGCGGCGCCAGCGCGAGAACGCGGUCUCUCGGCUCUGGUCAGCUACCUACCUCUUCUGCCACGGCUUCCGCGUCCAUCCGACAUCAUAGCUUGCCCGAAAUGGGCAAGCGUUUGCAACAAGAUAACGAUGUCUCGAUGGGCGUCACGUCGGACGGUUGCUCAAUGACGGACGCCUUCGCUCGUGCGGCGCUGGAUUCGCCCACUUCAGCUGUUGCAGCAUGGCCCUCUCCUGUUACGGAAAAGUCAUCGCCUGCGCCGGAUCGAUCUUCCUAUCUGGACUCUUCAGAUAUAUCUCAUCCGCCACUAGACACCUCGGUGCUGCCCGACACAUCUCGCUUGCUGCCGCCGAACCUCCAACGAAGGCCGUCUUCGCCUGCGGCUCCCUCACAUCGCGCCUCCGGUGCAACACGGCCAUCAUCUCGCACUUCAUCUUCAUCCACUAUCGUACCUACGCACCGAAGCAGAGAUUCGACACCACAGGCAACUACCACCUCCGCUGCACCCCUAGGAGGUCGUUCUCUUAAGCGCACCGGUAGCCGCACGCUCUCCAGAGAUGACAUCUACAAAGCUAUCGCAUUAGCUCCUCCAUCGCCUGAGGUUACCCGGCGGGCGCCUGCAUCCCGUCAAUCGGCACCUCCUGGCCAGAGAGCUAUGUCUCACGCGCCUGCUCCUUCACAACGACCCAAGACGCUCGGCAUGAGGCGCGGUAUCAAGCCCUACGGCGCGUCAACGACUAAGCGUCCUCCGCCCCAACUGCCAGCGCCGGCGAGUCAGAGGUUUCGUAUCCAAGGUUUCGAGCCUCCAUUCGCGAAGAAGCCUGCCACGUCUUCCGUCAUCCCGAAGCCCGAACGAGCGUCCACGCCGCCUGGGCCGCCCCUCCGCAAGCAAAUCCAGGUGCCAACGCCCGACUCCUCCCAGCCGCAACGCAAGGCGAAGGUUGAAGUCGACGACGUAAAGAUGCCCGACGUCGGAGACUCGAGUUUCGGAGACGUAUCGUUCGGAAUCGAUGCGGAUACGCUCGAUCAGGCCAUGGUGCCGUACGACUGA